GGCGUUCCUCAGGCUCCUUGCGUGAUGACGUUCUUCCGGUUGUGCUAAGGUUCACUCACUCAGCUGAGACUCUCCUCUCUGAAAGCUUCUCUACCUUCUAACCUCCUGGUUAUUUUAAAAACAGACCUUACAGCUUUUUAAAUCUCUCUUUUAGAUUCUCUGAAUCUCAGACAAACCUUUCCUGCUCGUGUCACUUCGGGUGAAGUCGGUUUUGACUCGUUUUUGUCGUUCAGUCUGCCCUCACUUCGUGCUAACGUUAGCUCAGCUGUUAGCCACCAUUCACUCCUCAAGGAAAGGAACGAUUAACCUUUAAUAUAAAGUCAUGGAUCAAACAGGAGUCACGGCUCAGACCCCGAAGAGUCCGUGGGGUUCGGUGGCCCCGGCGGCUCCGUCCUGCUCUCUAGCCGACGUGAUGAGCGAGCAGCUGGCCAAACAGCUGGACGAUGAGAACAACAAGUUCCCGACGCCCGAUCCGGCAGCAGACCUGCUCCUCACAGACGAAGCCUCCGAGACCACCAGCGACCUGAUGCUCGCCCAGAUGCUGCAGAUGCAGUUUGACCGCGAGUUCGACGACCAGCUCCGCCGCGAGGAGAAGAAGUUCAACGGAGACAGCAAAGUGUCCAUCUCCUUUGAGAACUACCGCAUGGUCCACCCGUACGAGGACAGCGACAGCUCUGAGGACGAGGUGGACUGGCAGGACACCAAACACGACCCCUACAAAGCAGAUAAGCCCCAGACCACGCCCAGGAGAGGCUUCACCGGCAAGGGCAAGAACAUCACCACCAAGCACGACGAGGUGAUGUGUGGCCGCAAGAACACAUCCCGCAUGGACAACUUCGCCCCCGAGGUGCACGUGGGGGACGGGCUUGGCAUGGACCUGAAGCUGUCCAACCAGGUCUUCAACUCUCUGAAGCAGCACUGCCACAGCGAGCAGAGACGCAGCGCCCGGCUGCACGAGAAGAAGGAGCACUCCACCGCCGAACAAGCCGUGGACCCUCGCACUCGUCUGCUCAUGUACAAGAUGGUGAACGCCGGCGUGCUGGAGAACAUUAACGGGUGCAUCAGCACCGGGAAAGAGUCGGUGGUGUUUCACGCUAACGGAGGAAGUCUGGAGGAGCAGCCGGUCCCUGACGAGGUGGUGCUGAAGGUGUUCAAGACGACCCUCAACGAGUUCAAGAACAGAGACCGCUACAUCAAAGACGACUACCGCUUCAUCGACCGCUUCAGCAAGCUGAACCCACGUAAAGUGAUCCGGCUGUGGGCCGAGAAGGAGAUGCACAACCUGUGCAGGAUGAAUAAGGCAGGGAUCCCCUGUCCCGAGGUGGUGCUGCUGAAGAAACACAUCCUGGUGAUGUCGUUCAUCGGGAAGGAUCACGUUCCUGCUCCCAAACUGAAGGACGUCACGCUGAGCUCUGAGGACAUGAAGAACGCCUUCUACCAGGUCCUAAACAUGAUGCAGCUGCUGUAUCAGGAGUGUAACCUGGUUCAUGCUGAUCUCAGUGAAUACAACAUGCUGUGGCACGAAGGAAAGGUGUGGUUGAUAGAUGUCAGUCAGUCCGUCGAGCCAACCCACCCUCACGGUCUGGAGUUCCUCUUCAGAGACUGCAGGAACGUUUCGACUGUAAGUACAGUUUAAAGUUCUGUUUUGGGCAUUUU